AUUUUGUUAACACAUAGCUUUUAUGCUGAAAGAGCAAACAGGAAGCAGCUCUGCUUUUUGUUUUGACUUAACAAGGUAACAAAGUGCUCCAGGUUUGAAUUUUUUCCUCCAGAGGGAAAGUUUGAAGGAACACAAACUGAGUUUGAGCAGAAAGACAGGACAGGAGCUGUUAGUCAGUGUUAGUCAGUUGCACGGUUUCAUUAGAUAGUUAAUCAGUUAGUGAGGUGGGAUUUAAAUGGAUGUGUCUCCUUAUUGCAGGAAAAGGUGAGACUGAACUUUCAUUAUUCAAACUUUCAAGACUAGAGUGAACUUUAUUUUCACUUUACCUUAGAGUGAAGAAAAUUUAAACUGCUUCUCUUCUGUGGUGGAAAACAUAUGUUAAAAAGUAAAAAGUACAAAAAGUUAUGAUAAAAAAUGAGGCCAAUAAAACUUUUGAAAGUGCUAUUAAAAGUGACAGAUUUGCAUAAAGAGAAUAUUUGAAAUGUAUUGGAUGAGUUUCUGCACAAGGAUGACAAACUGAUUUCAAAUUAAGAGAAAAAAACAAACAAUGAAGAGUUUAAUCUAUUUUUAAAAAGUUUUAAGAUUGGGUCAAACUUCCUCUGAUGACAAAAGAAGUUUAGUAUUGAAGUUACAAACUGAAACAGAUUUGUUAAAUGAAAUGCCUGACCAAGAAAUGAUGAUUUCCUGCUUUCUAACACUAUGAAUCUGCUUUAAAGCCACAAAUGAUUUAGAGAAUGUCUAAAAAGAUACAAACUGCUGAGAGGUCUUUCAUCAGGAACGAUCAGAUUUGGUAGGAAAGAUUAAAUUUUAGACAUAGUAUUGAUUUUCUGAUCAAAAUAAAGAGUCAAAGACAUCAUGGAGACACAUACUGAGUUCUCUUUUGUUCUUGCUUAGUGGUGUAAGGGUUUUAUGACCCUCAGAGCACCUACCUGUUUGUUUUUUGAGGUCAGAUCAGGAGGUUGCACUUAUGUUUCCUGCUCUAGUGGGUUUAAUAAGAGUUUAGAGGUCUGAAGAAAUGAAUAUAUUUAGAGUUUCAUAGUCAGUAAGACUAAAUUUAUCAAGUUAAAUCUAUAAAGAAAAAGAUUUCAUCACCAGGAGGUCAAACUUUGAUCAGAAUUUUUAAAUUGCUCCUGAUAAAUGAACCAUCUGAACUUCUGCACCCUGUGUUUUUACUGCUGAACUUCUGUCUCUCAUGUUUCCUAAUGUGCUGUUUGUCUUCUUUCCCCUCCUUUGAAAUGAUUAAAAUCAGAUUCAGAUUAUUUAUUUCAACACAGAUUUAGGAUAUAAACAUGGUUCUCCUUUUUGGGGGGUUCAAAUCAAAGUAUAGUUGAUGUUUUUUUAAAUAAAAUACUGAUGAAACUAACAGAAACAGGAAUGUGAGGAGUGAGGGUCCACCCAAAGAUACAAGCUGAAGUGUCUGUGCGCAGGGUAAAUGUGUGCGUGAACUCGUGUGUGUGAGUGUGUUAAUCUGUUAAUCCUCCUCGUUAGCUUCAAUCAGUGUGAUGAGCUGCAGCUUCACUUCCUGUUUCGGCUCAUUUCUCCGUCACGUUUCAUCCACAGUCUAAACUCUGACGCUGAUUUCAUCUAAGAAAUUCAGUCUGUGAAGCACAUAACUCAUUAUUUUCCUCAUACUUACAGAAACUGUUUGAAGUAAACAACUUGAACAACUUCUAUUAUUAUUAUUAUUAUUAUUAUUAUUAUUAUUUUUUAUACUUGGUGUCCAUCCAGAAGGUUUUUAAUACUUAAACGACAUCGAGGGGACACUUUUGACAUACAUGAUGAGAGAAACAUCUUUUAUAAUGAUCACACACAGUCAAAAUGUGGUGCCCACUAGAGGUCAUAUCAGAUGCAAACACCUGCUGCUUUCUGAUUCUCCAAUAGGCCCUCUGGUGGAGCCAGCCUCCAGCUGCACCAGGAGGCCCAGUGUCAACCUCCAGCCUGUAAGAGGAGGUGCAGAGAUGAAGAGGAGGAGAUGACGAGAAGGAGGAGGAAGAGGAGGACAGGAGGAGGCAGUGAGGAGAAUAUCAACCCAGCAGAGCGUCUGCAGAGGAGCAUGAGGACACAGAACCUGAAGAAAGAGCACAGGAGGUUACUCUUCAUCUUUAACCUCAUCAUCGUCAUCAUUAGGAUUAUAAUCACUGAUUAAGAUUUGAUAAUACAUGCUGUGUUUUUGAAGGUCUUCACAGCAAGGAACCAGAACCCGGACCAAAAUCAGGACUGGAUCUGGAUUAAGGUCUGGAGUUUUGAUCCAGUCCUGCAGGCCUGAAGUCAAAGAAGCCCACAUUAAGAAGACUCGGAUAAAGACCUCAGUCCAGAUUGCAGAGCUCAGAGGGUCUAAACUGGAUACGGGUUUCAUAAAGAAGGACCAGCCUCAUCUGGGAUCCACUGAGACUCAGCUGGACCAGAGGAGACUGAGCCAGGUCAGACUGUCUGAGGUCAGUAGAAAAGAGGUUCAGCAUAGGACUGCAGGUCAGGAUUCAGAGGUUUCCUCCAGGACCAAGACCACUUACAAGAAUGUUGAGGGAGUCCUGGAUCCAGAGUAUUUCAAAGGAGAGGUGGGACAACAAAAGAUCCAGACCAAGUUGGAAAGUGAGAUUGGGACCAGGAUCAAGAAGAGGAGGAAGAUCCACCCAUCUGUGUUCAGAGGGAGAGGUAAGAUCAAGAAAUCAAGAAAUACAGUAUAAACGAAAGAAAGAUCAAUAAGUUAAACUGAGUCAGUCAUGUGUGUCUUUAUAGGUCAGUUACGGCUGUCCAUCACUCCAGAGGCGGGGCAGCUCAUCAUUCAUAGUGAGUGAUUUGUCAACCAAUCAAAAGAGAACUUUUAUAUAUCAAAAGGGGCUCAAGUAUGAGCAGGACUGUCCACUUUAAAUUAUAUAUGAUAUUAAACACACACAGUGAUGAACACAGUGAUGAACACAGUUAUAUACGAUUAUAUACAGGAAACAAGAAAGAAUCAAAAAGCAGGUAAUGCAAGUCUAGAGUUAUUCCUCUUAUCAAAAUACAUUUAAAAAAAUUUGACAUGAGAAAAAGAGUUUGACUGUUAUUCAUAUUAAAACCAGAGCUGUUUUAGGUUAACCAUUAACCAUUUUACACAACCCAAAGUGAAGAAAAUUAACUUUAUAUAUUUCAAAAUAAGCUUCUUCCAGAUAAAAAUCCUAGCAGUGACACAUGUGGACUUGUUAGAGGAGAAAUUAAGGCAUCCUGUCAUACCUCAGUCAUUGUUCUGUUUUAAGAUAACUUUAAGCUAGAGCUUUAAUUAGCAAACAUGGUAUUUUUGGGCAACAUGUCACAGUCAUUUUGGGGUUAGUUGUCACAUGUUUAAAAGGGAUUAAAAUUAACACAGAGAGUCUGCUUAUCAACAGUUGUCAUACAGAAAGUUUUGAUUUAUCUUUACAGAGAAAGGAGUGGUUUAAAGGAGAGAAGAAACAAGAAGACAUGGUCAGGAAAUUCAAAAGAAAAACAGAACAUGUCAGUGCAGUACAUGACGUGAUGCUGAGGGCAGUCAGGCAGGUGACCACAGCUAAUAAAUCAAUUUGAAGUAUAAUAAGGGACUGUAAUGUCAACUACCAUACCUUGGCUCUGUACUGCAAAACACAGAGUCAGACAGACCUCCAAACUCCAGAGCAAGUUGCAUAAUAUUUUAUGUUAACAUAUGUUCAAGUACUUUUUCUAGCUCAAUGAUAAACAUUUUCUCUGUCUGACUUUGAUGUUCACUUUCAUGUAAAAGAAUGAGAACAACAAUAAUUUUGUCCUUGUUUUAUUGGCUGCAAAAUCCACUGUGACAUCUUACCCCAUGUAGUGAGACAACUUACCCGAUGGUGGGUUCACACUCUCCGUUUGACUGUUUAUAACUCUGCACUGACACAAGAUAUGAAAAUGACAUGAAUAUGAAAAAUAUACCUGAGGUCUUUCAUCUGGUUCACAUUUUGUUUAUAUGUGAUGUAUUGAUUCCAAGUGAUAUAUAAGAGUGUCAAAAGUGUGACAACAAGCCCCGGUCUCCCAUAUUUUUUAACUUCCAAGACAAAUUCUUAAGGAUCAUCAUACAGCCAGCAGGGGGCAGCAGAGACAGAGACACAAAGUCAAAAUCACUUCAGGCAUUAAUGCUGUUAGUUAAAUCACAACAAUAAGUUUGGGAAAAAUACACUAUUUAGGGGGAAUAUCUUACUCCGCUAGUCCCCACCACCACUGGUUUAAAGUAUUCUUUACUUUUUCUAGAGUAGGUUCACAGACUGAAAGUUCAACUUUUACUUGAGUUAAACAUCAUCAAAUUAAAUUUACUUUUACUUGAGUAGAAUAUUCCUUAUACUCCUUCCAGCCCUGCCAGUGUCUAGUUAAAAAAAACAUGGUGGGUGUUGCUGACCUUAUCCAAGCAGAGAGUGUGGAGACAGCCAGACUUUGGAGCAUCCUUUGCACAAGGCUUCAAACUGUCUGUACACUCUUAGCAGCAGUGUGUCAUUUGUUUGGUUCAAAAGAAGUGUCCACUUUUGCUUGACUUGUUUGGCACAAACAUGAGGGGUCAAUUCAGGGAAUCAAUUCAGUGGUGUCCUUUUCUAUGUCCUUGUAGUUCAUGGGGCCAGGGGGCUGAUGGGAAAAUCUCAGAGGCCAUGUGACUCUUAUGUUAAGGUAAGAAACACCUUCAAAUGUAAAAUAAUAACAAGAAAACUGAUAAAACCUACUAGGCAUAAGCCAUCUUAAAGGUGGAUCUUACUGGGUGUAUUUUUAAAAAGUAAAACAAGCUGAUGGAAGUCUUAAAUGUGCAAAUGAAGUUCAGUUCAGGUUGUAGUUGUUUGAAAUGCAGACACAGCAGCAGCAGGAUAUUGUUUGUGUCUAACCUUAUCACUUCCUGUAAAUUUAGUUUUGCAUGCAGAAAUUUGAGGAGUGAUGACAUCAUAUCUGCCUGCAGGUGGAUGCUGGGACGGUGGUGAGGCUGUUUUUUAGAGCAGUUGUAGUGCAGGAAAGCAGAGACAAUAAAAGAAGCAUCCAAAUCAAGAGGAUAUGUUUGUGUAGUGGUUGUAAAGUCAGUGCAGCUGGAGAUUGCUGCCAGUGAAUGAUUGUGAUGGAAGUGCUUUUGUCUCAUUUAAGUGUUCAAAUUUAUAGCGAUUGUAACUUAUAUUUGUUUUAUAAUAACUUCAAGUUUUUGUGUACACGAAGCUGGCGGUGACCUCCGACCUUGACUGCAGCAUCAGGAUGAAAACUCCAACGGUCUUUAACAACAAGAACCCAGAUUAUAAGCAUCGCUUUCAACUGUGAGACACACAUAUACACACACCAUGCUUAAAUGAAAUGCUUAUGGAUUGACUUAAAAAUCUUAACAAAUGAGAAAUAUUUAAAAACAUUUGCAAAAACUGAACAUAAAGGAAAAAUUCAGCUCUGAAAUGAUAAAGAAAGGGAUAAACAUUGGAAAUCAGUACAGUGACCUUUCAGCUAUUAGACUAGUUUGAAAAUACUAAAAACAAGUUUAUUUCUCUUCAGCAAAAAAUCUAAUAAACUUAUUUUUUAUUAGUAUGUAGUCUUGUGUUCAAGUUUCAAAUUCCUAAUGCCACCACAAUCAUUUUGAGAAACUGCAUUUUACCAGACAAUUAAUUUAGGAUAUAGCAUUUGCAGCUUCUGAGAUAUAAUCCUGGUAAAUGUAACAAAGAAAUCAGAUGUUGUCUCUUUAAGACUGGAAUUAACCUCAGCCCCAAACAUUUCUUUGCCUAAUUACACUUUAUUAUUUAUGCCUUUGUGCCUAUUAAGGUCAAACACCAUCUUCGGGAUGCAACAGAGUUGUUCAACAGCUCAUAUGACUCAUACCUCAAAUAUCAACUUGUGCUGUUUCUCCUCAAUAUAUGAGCAUUAGCUGUGAUUUUAAGAGUGAAUUGCAUCAGAUAAAAUGGUAACAUCUAAAAGUGCAAAAGUAUCCUUAAUAUUUGCAUAUGCACAAAAUAAUGUACAUAUCUUUUUAAAGGAAAUGUUUUGUACUUAUAUGAGUAAUAAUGUAUAUUUUAUGAUUCCAAAGUUUGAUUUAUAAGGCCAAACACAUUGUCUCUCUAAAGGUUUCUGUAACAUCUGAGUUCACCAAAUCCCUGAAGAUCGUCCUGAAACUGACACUACUCUCUUUGCUACAGUGUCAACAGGCCAAGGGGAACUGUUCUAGACCCAUUUCUUUAAAUUGAUUUUUUUAUCUGUAUGACCUGGAUGUCCUGAGUGUCACUGAAGCAAUUGAUUCAACAAAGAGUAUUGAUAAAUUAAUACCUGUUUGGGUUAAACUCUUGAUUCUGAUUGGUUAAGAACUCAUUCUCAGUGUUUGUGUGUCUUAGGUGCAUCAGUGAUGACCUCCUCCAGAGCAGGCUGUUGGUUUCAGUGUUCAGCAGGUAAGUGAGGAUGUGAGAGCUCAAGCCCCUCCCCCUUCUGCUCCCAAACAUACUCAACUGGAUGCAGUGGUACUUUUGAAUAUCCAACUUCGCUAAACCAAACAAUGACCUCAUUAUUUUAUCAUGGAGAAGAAAUUGGGGUUUCUGGUACUUCUGCAGUUUUUAGCCCUUUCAUCACAUCAGCAUCAUUUCUUAAGAUAUGAGGUUUCCCUAUUGCCCUGAUAGAGAUAAACCAGGGUCAAGGUGCAGUGAGAUUUCCAAAUUACACUCUGUGUUGGCUUUCCUGUCCCCUCAGGUGCAGUCAGCUGAUUGGCUGUAUGAGUUUUGGGAUUGGUUCCCUGGCAUCCUCUUCCAAGGUCAGUACACAUUAGACAGUAUAAAACAUGGAUGUAGUCUAAGGAGGUCUUAUGAAGUUCUGUGAUGAUGGUCACUGUAUUGGAAAUGCUGAAUUAACCUAACCUAGUGCACAGCUGAGAUUGUCCUCAUGCUUUUGUUUCUUUCUCAGUAAAUAGGGUUGAUAUUAUGCAAAGAAAACCCAGCUUUUAAAUAAUGAGUAAAAGUUAGUGUCAAAAUUGGACCACCUGUGCACUUUAGUACUUCCUAAUUAUAGUGAAGUGGAGGCAUUUAGGACUUAAGACACAAAGUGAGAACAAGAAAUUUUAGAUUCUGUCCAGAGGAUCAAUAAUGUUGAUGUAGAUCAUCUGUCUUCAACAUCCCUCUGAAACAUGAACACAGCUGCUCAUUAAUAAUUCAUUCAAAUAAAAACACCAAAAGGAAACCAAAUAUAGUUAGUAUGUUACAGAGACAGCAGUAGGAUAAGACUCCAUGACUCCAAACCUCAAGUAGCCAAACUUUACUGUAAAGAGUUAGUCAGCACUGAACGGUAAAGAAAAACACAGCCUCACAACCUCACUCUGCUUGAUGGUUUCACAGAAUUGCAAGACUGUUUUUGUAUCAACAUCCAGAUAGUCAUAGUGACUGGAUUGUGUUUUUAACAGUCUCCAUUCUUGAUUAGCCGCCAAUUUAUUAUGACAUUUUAAAACAGCUUGUUUCUACUAAUGUAAUGCAGUCAGACAUUUGUGUUUUUAGACAACUUUAAACAAAGCUUUGCCAGUCAAUCUAACCAGAUUUUAUAUUUUGACUUACAGUUAAAUUAGGAGAAAGAAAAAAUUAAACCUCAAAAGAAGACUUGUGUUUGUGUUGUCAGUCCAUCACUGGGUGGUUCUACCUGCUGGGGGAAGAGUUUGGGCGAAGCAAACACCUAAGAGUGGCAUCACAGCAGAACAAACCAAUGAGGAACAAGGAGAAUGAGGAUGUACAAACACACUGUGGUGAGCUAAGAGUUAAAAAUGAUGUUACACUUUGAUUGGUUGAUAUCAUAAAUUUUGUUUUGUGACAUUUUCACUCUGGAUUAUAGACAUUUUCUGAGUGGUGAUUAACUGUCUUCAAAGACACUUGUUUCUGGAAGUGAUUUUGAGCCCAUGCAGUGAUUUACACUACAGAGUCACGUUUGCUUUAGAUGCAAAUCUGCCUGAGGGACUGAGGAUCCAUUCAUUUUUCAUUUUUGCUUGUGUCCCUUUUGUAAAGAGAUUUCUCCAGUUUUCAGAUUUUUUGUUCAUUGUUCAUGAUGAAAUCCCUAAAAGUUUUUUUUACAAUUUUGCAAAAAAAAAACUGAAGAACAUCACUCUAAAAUUGGAGAACAUUUUGCUCACACAGUAUCUCACGAAAGGGAUAACCUUUUCCCAUCUGUAUGUAUGAGAGGAUCAGCCAUUCUUGGAUGCCCUACUUUUACCCAGAUUGCAAAUUAACCUAAUACUUUGAAAGAAUAUACCAUAUUUUUAAUAAUGUAAUCAAAUCUGUAGGUUUCAACAUUUGAUGUGUUGUCUUUGCGGUUUUCAAUUAAUUUAUGGGUUUAAUAAACAAUCAAAAUCUAUUUUUAUCAACAUUUUAAACAGUAUCCAGACUUUUUGAAAGUGGAGCUGUACAAUUGUUGCCGAUACACAUCUAAGAGAAAGCUGAUGGUAAUGAAACUAGAAUAUUCAGCUUCCUUUUUUUGGUCAAUUGCUUCAGCAACUCAUAGAAGUUCUAAUGCUAAUGUGAUAUUCAAAGGGAAAAGCAGCUAGCAGCAGUGCUAAGAGCUAAAAUGACAUAGUGGGAGACAGUUAAUGAUAUCAUUGCUUUUUGCUGAUAUAAUAUACUCUACCACAGCCAGUAGCAGUGCCUACACUAACAUAGUGCUACUCUAUAAAUAAACAGCCAUUUGCAGUGCUAGCAGAUAUGUGGUUAAUAUUUCUGCAAGAAAAAACACUGUCUGUCAGGAUAAACCUGCGGUUGUUCAUAAAUAAUCCAAACCAUUAACACAGUCUCUGCUCAUCUAAUUGACUUUAUUUCUCUGAAGACUGGCAAACUGCAGAUUUUAUAAUUCCAAAGUCUGCCUAUGUCAGACCUGUUAGUUAUUGAUCAGUGGGUCAAACUAAGCUCAAGUAUUGAUCAGUGAAUUCGUGUGAACAUGAUCUAACCGUACCAUCCGUCUGGGACAUGUUCAGCGAACACACAUGGACUAACAUGUAAGCUUUAUGAACACUGACAGAAUCCCCCAGGACUCUCUCUCUCUCACACACACACACACACACACACACACUAACUCUCAUGUACACACAGACACACACAGCGUCCCAUAUGUGAAAGUAUAUGUUUUUUUCUAUUUUUAGUGUGAUGGGGAAGAGCCGGUUGAGUAGUAGAUAUAGAUUUAACCUGACUCCUGCUCUCUUACUCUCUUACUCUCUCCCCGGGGGUCCACACAGUUACCAUGGUGAUGAGAAGCUGCCCAGUAACCAUGUGACCCUCACAAUACCUCUGUCCCUAUAUCUCUCGACCACCCCCCUGCUCUCUCUCUUAACUCCAUCUAUCUCCAUUUACCCCUCCCAACAGAGUUCCCUCUUUCUCUGUCUCGCUCUCUCCCUCUCUCUCUCUCUCUCUCUCUCACUGGCAUCACACUGAGAUCUGACACUCGUUCGCCCUGGACGAUCACAGAAAGACGGGACAAAAGACGGACAGAAGAUAAAGAAGCAGACUUUUCUUUUUCAGUGUUUGUUUGUUGGUUGUCUGUGCAGCUGGAGUUCUUGUAUUAUCAGAAGUACUAUCAGCAGUAUCCUCAGUAGGCAGAGCGCUAAGCAGCUGUACAUGUACUUGUGAUUUCCCUUCCAUUAGCUGGGAAGCUUGGGACCAAGGAGACAGACAGUCCUCAGAGGACGCUUCUCCUAUAAAUGGAGCUGAUUUUAACUUAGUCCAGCAGAUAUAACCUGCUGUGUGGACUAUCAUGCUCAGAAAAAACAUGUAAAGAUGUGGGGUUUGAGCUCAGGUUGCUGCUCCAGGUAGCUGAACCUGUUUUUUUUUCUUCUUUUUUAUAGAUCUGUCGACAUCCAUCAAUUUAUUUGUAUCUUUUUUUUUUUUUUAAAUCAGUGGACUUCCUUAGGGAACUCAUACUUAAAAUACAAAACCAGCUGUCUCAGUUGUGUGGUCUGGUCUAGUGUAGCUCAGUCAGGGGACAGUCAGGAUGUUUUGGAAGAACACUGCCUGGUCCUGGGAUGAUUCUGCAGGUAACGAUGAUGAUGGUGGCUAUUUACUUGCAGCAGACCUCAGGAAGACCCCAGACUCUGCUCCAGAUGCCGACCUGAACCGCAUCAUUACAACCAAAACCACCACCAGCCUUUCAAACCCCACCAUCACCACCACCACCACUACCACCGGACUCAAAGACCUGACGAACUACAGCCUCGACCCCACAAAUGCCAACUACAGCUCUGGUCCAGCCAACACCAACUACAGCAGCUAUCCUACCUCAUUGUACGGCAACACAAACCAACGCCAGACCACCAGAGACAGCAACAGCAUCCAACGGCUGAUGGUAAGUCCAACUCUGCUCCAACGUGAUAGUAACUCAAUUUGUAAAUCUACGCCCGCAGCACCAAUACCUGUGUCUGUGAAUGGAUUAGACAAAACUUGGCAUCAAUUUAGUACUUGUCAAACUUGAAAUGUGUUUGAUAUGGUAGACUUAUAAACUUUAACUUACUUUUAAGGGAAAAACUUAUUGUGGGCCAAUUUAAUCUUGAGUUUUUGGUUCCAGUCUUAUCUAUUUGGAUUUGAAACUUGUUUACCAUGACUGUGGACUUGUUAGAUUAUGACCUCCAACAUUGGUGUUUGCUCUUGGCUGAAGUGUCUUGACUUGUAGAUUGACUUAGGAUCAGACUAUCUUGACUUUGGAACUGCUGGUCUUGACUGAGGACCCUCUGAUCUUGCCCCAGUGCAUAGCUAUGGAACCACCUGCAGAUUUUAGCUAGUUACAUUUUGGACAAUUAACCUGAAGGACCAGUGAUUAGUCUAUCUUUCCUUUCGAUGAGACUUGAGGCUUGACUUAAAACUUGUCCUCUAGUCUUAGGUUUUGUUAUACCUGGCACCAGAUGGACCUUUAGUACAUAAGGUAAAACUGUACUUAAAAAACAUAUAAACACAUAACCUGACUGGAAUCACACCAAAUCGAACUUCUCAUAGUCAGACUAACCUACCUAGAUGAUGAUUUUUGUCUUUCAUGCAUUCAGCUCAAUCAGACUAGAACUGGCCUAAGCUUGAAAUUACCCAUGACUUACCUACAUCUUGGCAAACAGACUUGAUUUUACUUCUGGACUUAAAGGAGAAUAUUCAGAAGACUCCCCCUGUUAGGGAUAAAAGAGAAGGAAAACGGGAAUACGAUGGCGCUAUCCUGUUUACGUUACAUUCAAGGACAAGAUGAAAUGAUCAGAAUCACUCUCUGACUCUUUUACUCUUUUUCUUUAAAGACUCAUCAAACAUUCACACACGAUGAAUUAUAGAGUGAAGCUGCUUUUGCUCUUCACACAGUACAUAUACACAACACACACAGUCCUCGCUGCUAUGCUUGUGAGGACUCAUACUACCGAAACCUUGUUAUGACCCCUAAAUCUAACCCUGUACUGAGCCUAAACCUCACUCUGAACCCCCAUCUCCAACCUUUGUUUUUGCCUUCAUCCCUCUAUCCAUAUCCAUAUGUGAUUUUGUACAGCAAAUGUCCCAGUUUCUGUGGCAUGUUUGUGGUCCAAGUAGUACUAAGCAAUGACCUGACAAAGGACCCAUUAGUUAUAAAAAACAUAAUAAAAUGAGUGUCUUUUGGGGUUCAUAUUGUUGAAAUAAGCUGGAGUCAAGCCUCUGUGUAACCUCCGAUUUGCAGUGACUCAGUGACUCAUCAGGACAUUACAUUGGACUGUAAAAAAUGCAGUGUACAGAAAAAAUAUCUUGAAUUGAAGUUGUUUAUCACAAACCACUGGGAUGGCUACAGAUGGUUGGACAUUGCUUCUAGAGGAAACCCUCAUCAGUUGAUAGCCAGUGGGUUCUGAGACUGAUCUGAACCCCAUUUUAACCCUUAUGUCUGACUUGAACCCUGAUGCCGUUGAUUCUGACACUGAACUAAACCAUGUUCUCAUUUUGAACCCUAACGGUGUAAUCUUGAUCUGUGCCUCAGUCACACUGUAUUUCCCUGAUCGUAGCAGGGUCAAUCGGUCAACCUUGACAUUUAUUUGAAAAACAAUUAACAAAACCUUUAACGUGGAUCUCUUUGUUGGUCUGAACCCUGGAAUUAAACAAUUAUCAAAAUCUUUAACAUCUGCUAAAUUCAGACAGCAACAAUGAGGGCAUACUUGGUUCUGCCACAGUCGAUUUGUUUACUUAAGAAAUAAAACCAGGGCAAGGACAUCCAUAGCCUUUGUAGAUUUGAAAUAAUCCGAGGAUCUCCCUUUCCUUUGCAUCAGGGGAGCAGAGACUGUCGUGUUGUCAACAGGUUUUAAUAUUAAUGUGAACCUCCACCACACUCUCAUCCCUGGACUUUUUACCCUGACCUGAGUCUGAGCCCCAAACUUUUGCCUUUAAUGCAUUAUAGUGUUCAUUUCAUAAAUUAUGGGUCCAUUUAGAGUUAAGAAGAUGCUUUCAAUGCUUUUAUCACAUUUUUCCUGGACGACUGCAACACCCUUCAUAGAGGGGUCAGUUGGUCAUCCCUCACACGUCUGCAGGAAGAGCAAAAUCCUGCCUGGUUUUUGACUGGUGCACAUCACGAGAUCUCAUUUCAUUGGCUUUACCACCAGAAGUGAAAAUAUUAAAGCCUUGUGGCUGCUUUGAAUGAGUUUUUUAAAUAACAGGAGAUGUGCUGUCCACAUGAAACCUGUAGCAGUCAUUAAAUUAACCCUUCAGGGUUCCUCUAAGCCAGGUUUUUUCCUGCUGGUGGGAAGGACUCGUCCCCCUUAUUCUGAAUGACAGUGUUCACACGGGGGAGGGGGAGUGUGUACUCGAGUGUGUAUGUGUGUUCAGGAAGUGUGUAUCUUAUCGCAGGGAUACAUCCAGUGUUUUUGUGAGUCUGAGUGAGUGUGUGUGCUUCCUGCUAUUCUUCUGCUGCAGGUUCCCACACACAUGUACACUCUGCUCUCUAACAUCCAGUACUACGCUCAAACUCCCACCGAUUAGUUCACCUGGAUCAUGAGAACCAGGGUUGGAUCUUGUUCUGGUUGUCAUAGAUGGACCUUGUUUUCUCCGGUACUGAAAGUGGAUAAGGCUGAAACUCAGCAUAUGAAGUAGUCACACCUCUUUGGAUGCAAAACAAGUUUAGAGUUUGGCAUUUGUUUGUAUGGACUUGAAGUAGACUUGGAUCUGGCUUUAUAAAUCUGGAUACUGACUUGACCUGACCCCUGGAUCUGGAUUGGACGUGGACUGUUCGUGGUCCUGGUUGGUUUCGGCCCUGUUGGCAGGGCAGAUGGAGUAUCUGACCUGCAGGAUUUGAGCUAACAAUCAGAAUUGCUGUCAUGCACACAAUCCAUCGUCUGUGUCAAGAGUGCAUCGGACAAAACCUCCCUCAGGUCUGGAUCUCUUUGUUGGUCUGAAACCUGGAAUAGAUUUUCUAAUGGUUAUGAUUGUUCUUAACCAGCUUCUGGUGAAAACUGUGCCCAGUAUGCAUUUAGUUGCUGGAGAGUGUUUACUGUGAAUUCCCUCAAUGUGUUUAUGUGUCCAGAGGGACCUUUACACUGAAGCUGUCUGACACUUAAGCAAAGCUAGCUUGGAUAUGAAGUAGUGGAUAAGAUUUGGUGCAGUAUGGCUCUCUUAGUCUAUAAAAUGGCUUCAGCUUUGCAUUCAAUUGAUCAGACUUUCACAGUAUUGCAUUUUUUGUACUUCAUACAAAAAUUACUUUACAUAGAAUCCAUGAAAACAAUGUAAUCAAUACAGGAACUGAUGAGCAGAGGAAACACUAUCAUGAGUCUUUAAAUAAGAAAAAGCACAGGAAGGAUUACAGUGAUAAGACUUAAGACUCCAAAAUAAAAGUAAAAAUAAUCUGGGAAAUUUAAAAUAAGAUAACAAAAUACUAAAAGUGUAUCUUAUCCUAUUACCUGUCAUAAUAUGAACAGUCAUACAAUAAAAUAAAAGAAAAUAAAGUACUGAAAGACUAGAGAUGAUAUUUAAAAAUGAACAAGAAUAGUUUGAUAACAAAACUCAAAGAUAAUCAAGACAUUAUCAAGUAGGAUUAGGCAAUAUAUGACUCACCAAAGACACAAACCCUUUUUGUCACUGGUUUGUCCACUCUGUGCUACCGUAGAAACAUGGCCGUGCAAGAUAUCAGCGUCCCAGGGGUCCACUCCUGUGUGGACAUGAAAGACUCAUUCUGAGUCACAAAAACAAAAGAAACUCUAUAUUCAGGUGAUUAAUUACUGAUAUAAACAUACUCAAAAAUUCUAUCAUUUCUAUCAAGUCUGUUCUGCUCAACCUUUAAAGGCCAGGUUAAAACGAUUCUCUAAAACUCAGAUAUUAAAGCAAAUAUGAUUAAGAGGUCUAAGCAGGACCACCUAGAGUAUUGUACACCAAUACAGGGACCCUAAAUUUGAUUCCAAAACACACGAGAAGGCAAAGCUAAGAAGUAUUUGCUAUGGACUAUGUGAUAUGUGGAUGUGGUCUCGCAGUCACGUCACCCAUUGUUUUCUUUAAGUACAGCUUUGAAGCCUUUUAAUGGCAGCAGCAAAUGUCGGAAAUGCUGACUCAUCCUAACUUUUGGUUUACCCAGCAAGAGGCAAAGAGGAAGAGUCACUGCCAACAGCUGUGCACCCGCUUAUCAGCCAAGUCAGCUUCAUGCCAAAAUAUAUAACCUUAUAAAUUACCUUAAUUUUAUGAAUGUGUAAGUUAUGUACAGUGUGUAUAAAAAGGAAAUGGGCUGUUAAGACCAAGACUAGUUUUGUACCAGUGUGUAAACAUGUUUAUUUUUGCCGUAAAGGGAGGCUUUGACAUGGUUUGUAAAGGGAACCCUGCAUAUUAAGACAUACUGGCCUUAUUGAAUAAUCAUGAGAGUCAAGGUAACACUAAAUUUUAACAUUUUUAGAAAACUAUUUUAAAAUUACAUUUUGGCUGCCAUUGAUGUGCAAAGUACUCUGGGUAGCAAGGUCAAAUCUUCAAAAUCAGUUCAUGUGCCCUUGACUGUAGUCCUUGUUACCCACUUCACCAACCCUGUCCCCCGUAAAUAAAAGGCUUAAAGGACAACACAACAUAGGAUAAUAUGUCUGAAGAAAAUCCAGUUCAACCAUUUUACAUCGAGGAAAAGAGUUCAUUUCACAACAUUAGCAGCCUUUGAGUGACUAUUUUCUUUUAAAUAUCUCAAAGUGUUUAAGUUUAGUGAGUAUUUAUAUACACGUGUAAGACUCGCCAUCAGUGAAAAUCUGGUUAAAAAAACAAAACAAAACAAAACAAAACAAAAACAUUCUUGACAGCCAAUUAGCUAAAACCAGAACAGUGCUAUAAAUAUUUAGCUCUUUUCACAGAUUGGCAGUUUUUUAAAUUUAGUCUGGUGUGAAAGAUUUGUGAGCUAAAGGAGAAACAUCAAAUCUCAAAUCAUGAGGGAACAAAACAGCAGGAAACAAGCGUCUGCUCUGGCUGGUGGCACAGUCUGAUGUCAAGCUAACUGUUUGUCUUUUCCCGGAAAAUUUCUGUGUGUGUGUGUGUGUGUGUGUGUGUGUGUGUGUGUGUGUGUGUGUGUGUGUGUGUGUGUUUUUCUAGUCCAGCAGGUCAGAUAAAUAUUGGAUGCGUUCAUGUUUAUUACAGCUGCACUUCAUAUGUGUUGGCGUGUGUUUAUGACAGGUUGUUAAAUUAUUCACGCACAGAUUAAAACUGAAUGAUUUCACUGAAAAACUGCAUCUGACAGCAGAGAAAGAGAGAGAAAGUGUUGGUGUGUACGAAUGUGUGUGUCUAAGUCACAGCGUGUGUAUUUGAACAGGCCGAGUUCCUCCAUGUUGUCCAUCGCUACACAAACUCUAAGCUGUUUAAACAGAAUCUGACUCCUGCAGUUUAACUCCUCAGUAUCAUGUUGAUCUAAAAAAAACUGUCACCUGACUGAAUCAACCUGAAUGUGGGCCAGGAAGCUGAACCAGAAACAGUCAACAAAGUGGCAUCUGGGAAUCGAACUGGGAACAGGAAACUUGAAGGGACAUAAAAGUGAAGCAGGGUCAUUAAUCUUGACUGGAAGCAGGAAAAUGAAUGAAGAGUGACUAAAUGAAACGAGACUGGGAAAAUGAGCUGGGAAAACAAAUGAACAGAGACGAGGAAGUUUAACAGGGACCAGCCGAAUAAACCAUAACCUGGGAACUUUACAGAAACCCAAGAACAAAGUAAAUGGAGUCAGGCCUGGGAUAGUAAGGUAGAAACAAGAUACUAAAGCAAGGCUUAAAAAACAAGCUAAGGUGAAUGACCUGAGCACACAACUGAACUGGAACCUUUAACAACAAAAGUUCAAGGAAACUUGGUAUAAAUGUCCUCUUGAACAUGCUAAAAUCAGCGCAUUCAUCAGUCACAUUCAUCAUUUGAUGUUCAUCAAAGCUCAGUUUGCCACCCCUGAGCGAGAACAUGAGCAUGUUUCAUCCUGGAGACAGUGAGAGGCCGCUCAUUUGAGUCAAUACAGUGCGUUAAAGCAGCUGAAGUCGGAUGUAUGGUAACCCAAGCUCAGAGUAGAGGUAUCUGGAAUAACUCCACCAACUUCCAAGGAGCAUGGAGAAGGAAUCAAGAUGUAAGAAAUCAGAAGUUAAAAAAAAGAAUUCUUAAUGUGAACUAGUUCGCUUUGAUCUGUGUGAACCAGACUUUAAGCUGGUUCAACCUACUUUGAUGAUCAUCCUGGUGGUCGGUGGUUUAAAAGCACCCCGGUCCAACUGUGAUCUGUUGCACCAGGUUUAGAAAAUUAACAGGAGGCAUGACUCUGACAGAAUUCAAGGAUGAAGAACCAGAAUCAGGGACCUAAUAAGGACCAGGAAACCGAACCAAGAACAAAUUGUGAUCCAGGACACUGAUCAGUGAAUCAACCAUGAUCCAAACACUGAAAUGGCAACUGAACCAGAACCAGGACUUUGACAAGAAAAAGGAACAAUGGAUGGAAAAACAUCCAGGACUGAAAAAUCACUUCAAACAGGAAACUCAACUCGGAUAAGGAUCCUUAAAGUCCCACUCUGAACGUUUUUUUUAAUACUUCAACUGUUUUAGUGGUCUUCAAAUUGUGAUAAUGAUUUUUUUUUAGCCAAAAUCACAUUACCUGUGUCAGUUUCAAGGAUUUUUCUUCUGCAGAGCACCAGUAGCUCAUUAGCAGUCCUCCUCUGAGUCAUGGGCAGAGACAGCACUGCUCUGCACACUCAUCUUCAUGCUAGCUUGUAGCCUACCAUUGCCGGUGUAGUAGACAAAGCAGGUAACAUUGGAGCUAUUCAGCUCUUGGACACUUAUGUCUUUGGGGACAUGAUGAAAGCUAAUAUUGUGAUGAACUUUCUUACGAGCUUUGUAAUCCCCUACCACAUACGCUUGUUCUGGCCUGCAGAGUGGGGCUCCGGGGGUGGAACUUGGAUUUGUGACAAAGGAAAUCUCAUUGUGUCGUAGCCUGCUGUUUGGGUCUGUCACAGUGAUUUAAAUGCAGAAAUAUGUCAUUUGAAAUGAAAUUUUGCACUUAUUUUUCUCAUGAUAUGCCCUGUAGCAUCAGAAAAAUGCCAUAUGAACAAGAACAAAGAAAAACAUGAUUUUCAUUUGAGUGGGUCUUUAAUGUGAUACUGAACAAUGAGAGACCAAACUGGGACUUAGAAGCUGAGGUGUGAAUAAAGCUCAGGAAACAGAAUUGAGCCCAGAAAAAUGACAGAAUAACUGAACCAGGAUGAAACGUCAAAGCGGGGAUGAGCUACUUAACUAGGACUCGGAAACUGAAUCACGGCGUGGCAAAAGCAUGACAGCAAAACUGGACCAGGAAAAAGAGACAGGGUUGAGAGACUGAGCUAAGACCAUGGAACUGAAUAGAGACAACAGAUCUGAACCAGGUUCUUGUUGUCCUCAGUGUCGAGAUGACUGGUGAUGUCACCCUGAAGCACCAGAGGUGUUUACCGGUCCAUCACUGUGUUGACUCAUGAGCUGUACUGAUUCUCCGUGAAACACAAACACUGUGAGUCUCAUACCUCUUCAAACAGCCCCUCCACCUCUUUCCCUUACCUCAGGAGUUUUAAUAUCAUCCUGUCAGUCUGAACUCAGGGACAUUUAACUUCCUUUGUGCAGAGAAAACUCUCAGGGUGAGUCGACCUUUCCUCCGGCCUGCCGCUGUUUACACAGUCAUGGAAACAGCUCAGAGACCAGGACCCAGACGGACCUUCACUUUGGACCUGACAGAAACAUCCUUACUCUGUCAACAUGACUGAAGACCAGCAGAGUCUUUACACAGUGCCCCCCUCAGGCUGUAGGCUGCACUACAAUAAUGGGACAGAACAGCACCCACAUUUGUGGAUGUUUGAAGCACGACUUUCAGGAGUGAAAAUAUCGUCCCAUUAUCUUCAUAUUUAUCACAGUGGUGAAGUUUGGCCCUCUCAGGGUUUUUUAUGUUUAGAUCAACUUUGAUGGUUUUCAGAUGCCCUUUAUAAAUGAAUUUAUAUUGCAAUAACUGUGUGAGCUGAUACUGCAUGUAGACUCUUAUCCUGAGCUGACAUAUUGCUCUGUUUCUCCAGGUGAACAUUGUUCGAGGCAAAGAUGGUUUUGGAUUCACAAUCUGCUCUGACUGUCCAGUCAGAGUCCAGGCUGUCGACACAGGUGAGGAACACACUCACCUGAGAAACGCUAGCUCUUGUUGCAUAGACCUGGAACAAGCACACAUUCAUGAAACACAUUUGAGACCAGACCUAGAAAAGUACACGUUAAACACAAAGCAAACUAAUCUGACUGGAGGAAGUACCUGAAACUCAUUCUUAACAUGUACACCUGAAUCUCAUAAACAAAACACAUGAUUUGAGGAACAUACAUGCCUGAGAAACAACAUUUUCCUACCCUGUCCAAUGUUGUUCUGAGUUUCUGAUAUGAACAUAACCCAUAUAGACCGCACAGCUCAGUCCCAUUUGUUGUUUGUCUGUAGGAGGUCCGGCUCAUCAGUCUGGUCUUCGACAGGGAGACUCAGUCCUGCAGCUGAACGGACUCCCUGUAGAAACCUGGAAAUGUGCUGAUGUGGCCCAUGCCAUCAGGUAUCCUGACUAACUAUCUGUUAAGAUUUUUGCUAAAUUUCGAGACCUGAGUCCACAAUGAUGGAUGAAUAUGAAUACAGUCCCUUAAGUCUUUGGUUGGAGUUAAGUGAAUGGUCUGUUAUUCUAUAGACUGUAUAUUCUUAUUCUUUAUACAGUCUUGUAUAAAGAAAUAACAUACUGUUGCUAUGGAGUAUUGACUACCAGAACUGAGACCAUAAUACCUUAGUAAAUCCGGUCAUUUUGGUGACGGUCUGGUUUCAGUUUCUGAAGUCUGUCUGUCCUUCAACUGUUGUUUGAUUGUUCAGGAGUUGCCCGUCUCAGAUCUCACUGGUGGUGUGGAGAGGUUUACCUGAGCUUAGGUCCAGCUGUGAAGCGCUGCUCCACCAACCAUCACACACCAAGGUGAGUCUUAUACGGGUUUCUAUUAGGUAAAUUUAGGUAUUGAUGUGGUUUUCAAAGAAUAAAGGUAAGACCACUUCCUUGAUGGCAUGUGACACGGUUUAACCAAUGAACAGUGAGGGUAAAAGCCUUGACACCAAACUAAUGCUACCAUAUCUUCCCCUCUGUCUUCUAGACAUCUGGCAGGAAGCUACUUUCUCACCCGGCCCACAGUAAACAUGGCCGCAGACGGGGUCAAGGGUCAGGGGUCAGAUCCAGUUUUGGGGCUUUGGGUUCUUUAUGGAGGGACAAGAAGGAGAAUCGAGAUGAGGAGGAGGAAGAGGAGGUGGAACAGGAGGUGACGGAGUACUCGCCUCACACCACCACGCUCAAAGGCACCCGAGUGACAUCAUCAAACGGCGACAAUUAUAUCAUUCUAUCACCUGUGAAUCAAGGAGGACAGGUGAGUCACGGGAACAAAGUACUCUGGAUCAGAGCCUUCCCUUUUACCCGUACACCCUGAACCAGAACCAGAAUUCAGUCAAAACUGAUGUAUUUUUAUAUUUUUAACAUUAAUAAUUCACAAAAAAUGAAACCUUUGACCAUCAAAAUUUUAUUCAGGAGAUACUGUAUGAGAUUGAGGACCAGAACUCUGCUCUUUGUUUCAGCUGCUGCAGCCAGUUUAUCACGACAGGAAUGGAACGAUCAGUAAGUUAUCUACACUGAACACAGACUGUCUGCUCUUAGCAUCAUCAAUGUAACGUAAAUAACAGACUGAUGUUCACUUCUUUUAUUGAUCACCAGGCCGUCUGUACCAGACUCACCCCAGCAGAGCUCACGGGCAGAGCCUCCUCCACGACCCUCGAUCCGGGACAUCAAGACGACCAUAUGCCGGCUGCAACUCCACCCUACCCCCGCCCCCCACCUCCUCCACCUCCUCUGUAUCAGCGCCGCCCACCAGCUACGGAAACUACCAGAACUGCACCAUCGUUCAGUCACAUCUGCCCUGCUCCACCUAUGGAACCUACGUCACCCUGGCACCCAAAACCCUCAUCUUCCCCAUUUUUGUCCAGGUCAGAACCUCAAACCUGAACACCUGACUCAGAAUACACAGCUAGGGCCUAAAACCCCAGACCUCUGAUAUUUGUUGCCUUUAUUUUAGAUGAUAGGACAGUGGGUAGAGCAGGGAACAGGGAAAAAGACAUGCAGGAAAGGAGCCACAAGCUGGUAUCAAACCUGGCUUCUUCACAUGAACCAUAACCUCCUUAUAUGGGGGCACUUAGACUACUCGGCCAGUGGUGCUCCAUAAUAAGCUAAAACAUGAAAUAUAGUUUGCCAGCAGGUACAACCAACAACAAGUUUUUUGGAGCCAAGGCUAAUGAUGUAAGUGGGGAGCAAAACCUGGCCUGUGUUGAUUCAAUACAUCUUAUAGAAGAGUUACUGGAGCCAAAACUGUUGAAAAGUUUUACUGGCUUUGAUAGAAAGGCGUUAGACCACUCUGUUUAUCAUGGUUAAAAUGAACCAUUGAAUAAAUCCUCUUUUGUUUGAUUGUUUGUUGACAUUGUGUCUUUGUUGUCUUCAGCCUCUGGAUCUGUGCAGUCCUGACAGAACCCUUCUAAUGGCAGAGGAGAUGGUCCUCCAUCAGAGCGACCUGCUGCCUACUAAGGUAGCUGCAUUGAAAAUAUACUGUUAGUACACUUUAAAGAUACUGGUUUUAGAAGCACUUUCAACAGAAACUAGAAAAACAAACAUAUACUGUGACCUGAAACUACACUUUACCAUCAAUCAGCCAAGAUAAAGUUGUUGCUGGACUCUUAAAAUGUCACUCCUACAAAGUCAACAUAACCUUCAAAGACAACACCACCCAAGAGCAGAAACACUGAUUUUACUGGUAAGGUAAUCUGUAAAGAGUCUGUGGUUGUCUCUGUCUGCUGUUUAUUGAUUGUUUCUGUGUCAGAUUAUUGUACACAUUUUUCCCUCAAGAGAGGAAAAAGAUCCUGAUUCUGAAGGUCUCAACGACCUCCGAGAACUGAACCAGGAUCAGUUUCACUCUAAUGGAUUUUACUGCUGACACACACAAAAAGAUACACUCACUUGCCUGUUUCUGGGAAAGUCAUGUGUUUAAGGUUCAUGUUUUUCAGGAAAAAAACAACGAUGUUAUCUUCUGUUAAUCCUUUUUCUACUCUAACCUCAAUUUGCUCUAUUACAUUCUUCCAUACUGCUGUAUAAAACUUUAAUGGGGGGGUCAUGUUUUUUUCUCCAUACUCUUUAUUUUUAUUUCUGAUACCCCUCUCCGAGCUUUACAUGAUUUUCAGGUUUUAAAAAAGCCUCAAAUUUGUCAAAGUGGUGUAUGAAUAUUUUAUUACUUUAGCCUCCAUCUGAAACACGUCUUUUAGCUGCCGUUUCUUUUAUGCCCCCGCUCCACAAGCCCUCUUUCUUAUGAUUAGCCACCUCUCCAGAGGCUUUCUGGAAGCCGGUCGAGGGCAGAGGUCGAUGUUUUGGCCCCGCUCCCUCUAUUGUGGUCAGUCAGAUUGGCAGCGGAGCAGUGUUGCCCCAUAGACAUCCUAUAAAUAAAUAUGAUCCCAUCCCAAAGUGAAAUUCUAGCAAAGGUCCCAAAACUUGUCAAACUUGUCUUUUUGUCCUCACUGUACAACCUUUCAAAGUGUAAAACAUUGGCCAUUGUUUUUACAGAUCCACAAUGUGUUACACAACAGUAAUUAACAAGUUCACAUCUUCAGUGAUGUUUACAUGUGUGUGCUUCAGGUGACAGUGUUAAUCUACAGUGACUUGCUGCUGUUCACAAGAGAGGAUGAAGUUGGACGCUGUAAUGUCCUACAGAGUCCAGUCUACCUGAACACACUGCAGCUCCGAGAGGGUAUGUACACACACCACACCAACGAUCACACUGGUCAUCCUGACUGUACUGUAAAAGAAAAAAAAAAACUAAAUCAGGAGCCCUCCGUCACACUUCAAACUUACUUCAAGUUCAUUUUCAAGGGCUCCAAAACUGGAAAAGCCUGAGGCAUAAAUCAUAGUAUCAGUUUAUAUCUUUGUUUGUGUGUUUGUGUUCAGUGCCAUCGGAGCCCCUCCAGAUCUACUUCCUGCAGAGCUCUCAGGGCUGCUGGCGUUGUCUGUUUAGCCUGGAGGCAUUCAGUAUUGAGCAGAAGGUCAGAGUCAGCCUCUGUCUCCAUGACAACAUCCAACUACAGCUGAUCGCAACUGAUACUGGACACACCCAUCAGGUACUGCAGAGACACCUGUAGACUUUUCACACUGUCGACUGGGACAGUCAAAAGCUUCUAACACACUGCAACUCCAUAACAGUGAUGGAUUGAGGACUGCCAUCAGUACACCAUUACUUGUUGCAGAAGCUUGAGAGACACGGCUUGUUAGCACAGUGGGAGCUCCUCAUACAUACACACACACGCUUACAUAUGCCUGUACACACAGUGCUGAACUGAUGCUACACAUCGCCACCUUCUUUCCCCGAUUCGGCCUCAAUUACAUCCUCAGAGGAGGACAUAAAUUAUGCUGAAAUCAUUCUGAUAUUCACCAGACUUGGACAAAGCAUGACUUCUCCUGCUGCCACAGGGGGGCGCUUUGUUAUCAAAUACUGUAUUACCAUAUUAAUGUGUUCAGGGCUGGACCCUCAAUACUUCCUGGUUAACUUGGGUUUGAUUGGAACAUGCAUGGCUGAGAUAAAACUAUUUCCUGUUUUAUGGCAAAACACAUAUUUUUUAGGGCUUUCCAAUACACAUCCCUCGACAAAAUCUUAACCUGUUGAUAAGUUUUGAUCUCCAACGUGGUCUCCCCAAACGAGUUUGUUCACAUAGAAACUCUGUAAAUCAAGUCUCAUUUUUUUCCUUCUCUACCUAUCUGUCUUGGCCCUCAUCUCUCUCCCCCAUAUUCACCUCCAUAUCUCUCCUAUCUCCUUCUCUUUCUCUUCUUUAUCAUCGGUCCUCCUCUUCAGCUCUCAGAUCUUCCCUCAGACUUCGGCCUCCUCUCCCUCGGCCAGUCUGAUCUCCUCUAUCGUCCGACAUCUCCUUACUCCUCCUCAGAUCCUCCCCUUCUCAACCCAUCCUCCCCCUUCUCCGCUUCCUUUUGCGACCCCCUAAGACCUUCCUCCCCCUCUCCUUACCCAACCAGCCCUGCCUUCACCUCCUCCACUCCUCCCCCUGCUCCUUUCUCUUCUCUCUCUCCUUACACCACCCUCACAUCCUCACAUCCUCCCAGGACCUACACCACCCCGACUCAGCCCCUCCCACCACCUCCUAAGGCCUCCUCCAAGCUAAGGAGCCCAGUAUGGAAGGAAAGAGGACGAGCAGAAGAGUUGGAGAGGAGGAAGAAGAAAAGGGAGGAGGAGGAGGAAGAGGAGCGGCAGCAGGGUGAGGGGGAGAGUGCCUCUGAAACGUCAGAGAAUGUUGGAGGUGUUGGGGGUAGAGGAUCCUUACUGAGCCCAGUUCACUUCAACAUGAAGGAAGAUGAAGAAGUGGAGAGUGAUGAGGAGGAGGAGGAGCAGGGAGGAGGAGGUGCUGAGGAGUUUAUCCCCUCUCACAGACCUGCAGGUUAGUCUGAUCUGCAGGAACAUGUGAAAGCUGAAAGCAUUUUAACUAUAGAAGGUAAAAGAUAGUCUGUUUUUCCCUCAGCUCUGCGUCGCUCUCUCUCCGAGGGUUCUUUAAUGCAAGAACCUCGGUCGCCUCGCUUCCUGUCUGACAGCACCAUCCAUCGACUUACCCGCCCUGGGACCUUUGACCUCGACCUUGCCACAGGCCCCGCCCCUAGGCGUCCCUCCAUCCACACUCUGAGGAAACAGCUGACUAAAGAGGGGGGGUCUCUGCACCACAUGAUGCUGCUUCUUAAUGGCCCCAAGGUACUGACAAAUACGGACUGGUAAAGAGCAGGUCAAAACGGACUCGAAGAGCGCAGAGCAGUGCAGACCAGACCAGACCAGACCAGACCAGCAGAGGGCAAUAUAGACCAGAUAAGACCAGAACUGUAGGGGACAGUUAAGACUACCACACUAGACUAACAGAAAGCAGGACAGGAGGAACAUCUAGUGUUGUUCAAAGCAGUUUAGAGUGAACCAACAGAGGCAAGAUUAGACCCUACCUGACAAGUCAGUACAAUACAGUUGCAUACCAUACUAUUUGAGUUGAUUUGAUAUGAUACAAAACAAUACAACUCAAGUCAAUACAAUAUAAUACAAUACAGUGGGCUGAUACAGUUCGAGAAAGCACAAUGAAAUACUAUAGAAUACAGGUCAAUACAAUACAAGUAUCCACCUCAGGAUAUGAGUUCAUAUGAAACGAUAUGGGUUGAUAUGAUACAAUAGAAUAUGCUCCUAGUAAAUUUAAUGUGAUGCAGUACGAUACUCAUUGACAUGAUAUAUUACAAUAGGAGUAGUUACAAAACAUUGAGGGUUGCUAUGAUAAAAUACAAGAUGAUGAACAUAUGAUAUGAUAUCAGUUAAUUCAAAACAAAACAAUUGGAUACAAUAGGAGUACAUAUCUGAUACAAUUGGAUGUGAUAGGAUGCCGUAUGAUAACAUAUUGUAUCAACUCUUAUUGUAGCAUUUUGGCUCACAUCUUAUAUCAUAUCAUACUCUAUUUAUCAUACUGUAAUGAAUGGCAUCGACUUGCAUUCAUAUAUCUUACGUUGAUAGACUUGUGUUGAUUAAACUGAGUCGGCUUUUAUCAUAUUGUAUGGUAUGAUACAUGCUGAUAUGAGUUGAUUUGAUGUGAGCUGAUACGAUACGGUAUGAUACCUUCAGACACCAUGUCAGGCUUACAGGACAUUAUAAACCAGAAAUAGCAGAAACCAGAAGAGGAUGGCAGUGAGAAGUGGAAAACAAGUGAUCUAAGGUCAGAGAGCACCAAAGAUCAGACCAAAAUAAAGAAAUGUUGAACAGUAGAGAUCAACUUGAAUUUGUAGAGAAGUAAUGAUGAGAAAAGCGGUUAACACCUGAUGGGACAAGGAGACCUUGACCAACAAGGAGCAGGACUGAGGGACAAACACAAGUAGAGAUGUAAGACUGUAGAUUACAGACCAGACAAACACUUCCUGAUUGAGCUUUACAUAAUAGUGGAGUCAUCGAGACCUGAGAAAAGCCUCAUGAUCAUCUCGUUCUUUCAGGAUGCAGAGCUCAGAAACCUUCAGCUGCGGAGGAAGACAAAGAAUCUGUAUGUACACACAAACAUGCUCACUAUCAAAACCAUCUGUGUUUGUUAAAUCAUGCAUGUUGGGUUGGUCGCAUAUCUGUUAACUGAAAAGCAGAAAGACUCAAGAAUUAAUUACAGGAUUAACUCUUAAUUAUUUACCAAAAAGAGAGACAACCUCGGUCUUCUCCACAACUAAGACAACUUCACAGCACUUUGUUCAUCACCAGUUUAAUCCUGGUAACUAAACAUUUUUGUGAUAGACUGCUACAAGUGACCACAUACUCUGACCGAUCAUUGUUGUCUUCUUAGAGCUGCUGAUGUCCGCAACCGGCUGCCAUUUUUACGACGACGGAAAAACAGUAGCUGUGUUCAGGGUAACAGUUUGGAGAAAGCCCUGAGGAACACAAGGUAGGGGCUCUCUUCCAGAUGUUAGCCUGUAACUGCUGUAGCUCUAACCUGUGUCUCCUGGUUCAAGCCAGUUUUACCAACUCCUUAUUGUUGUCUACUUGUUUUGUUUUCACUGGUUGGCAUUGAAAAGACUCGUAUUAUACCCACUGUACCCAAAGAGUAGCUUUUCAUGAUUUGAUGAUCCCGAGUGUUCAAAAUGGGUUUGUUAUGUUUUACAGACCAUCUACAAAGGAGGUUUUUCGAUGGGCGGAGAGUCUAGAAGCUCUGCUGUCCAAUCAGUGUAAGAUACACCAAUGAUUAUUGUGUUCAACCAAUGAUCAGUGACGGAAAAGUCAACACAAUGUCAGUCCCUGCUCAUUGGCUUAACAGUCUCUUUCCUCUCUUCUCAUUGUUCAGAUGGUCUGGCAGUCUUUCGCCAUUUUUUGAGGUCAGAGUUUAGCGAGGAAAACCUAGACUUCUGGUUGGCUGUGGAGAAAUUUAAAAGGACACGCCCACCCACAAAGAUGGCGGUCAGAGCUGCUAAGAUCUAUGAUGAGUUCAUAUCUACAAAAGCAGCAAGACAGGUACUGAUUGCUUCUCUUUGUAUGUAUCUUCUCUCUCAUUUGUCCCUUGGGUGGACUUUUAACAUUUUCUUAUUAUCUUGCUUUUGUUUUUAGGUCAACGUGGAUUCAUCAGUCAGAGAAUCGACCAAUCAGAGCUUGCGCCUUGGAGUAGACCUUGAUUGCUUCCAGCUGGCCCAGGAUCAGAUUUUUGGUCUAAUGGAGACCGACAGCUACCCACGAUUUCUUAGGUCGCACCUCUACGCCCAGCUGGCUAAUCAAGGUGUACACACAACAACAGAACCAGCCAAUCAGAGUGGAGCUGGGCCUGUAACUGUCAGCCAAUCAUGAACGAGGAGGAGUUACAGGCAGGAUUUGGCUGAUGAAAGACUGAAAUGAAAACAAUUUAUCCAGUUGCAUUAUGGGAAAUGUAGAAUCAGGUCAUAUUAGUUGUUCAGACUUUGACUUUUGGGUUUCUCUCUUUUUUACGUUCACAACAAAAGCUAUUUUUUCUUAUAAGACACAUUAAAUCACACAAUUGUUAAACGAUUGGAUCUAACUGGGUGGAACUUACUUGUCUUAUUGUGAAACAUAAACCACCACUCAGACAUCAACUGUUUCCAACACAGAAACCCAAAAGCUGAUGUCUGUCUUGAGAGGGAUUGGUGGAAAUACUUCAAUCAACCACUUUAGUCUCAGAAGUUUAAAUGUGUUCACAUAUUUUAACCAAAAUAUCCCAACAAGAGUCAAGACUGGUUCCAACAUUCAUCUUCCCUCAAAAAUGAACUGAUCUUGCUCAUGAUCUUGGGCUGUCAUCAGGUCAACAGUUACUCUGGUUCAUGACCAAAUACCUGCUGGUGCAUUAACCACUGCUGGACUUUGGGAUUACAGCAACUAGCUAAUGUUAGCAUGCUAACACACUCAACUAAGUUGGUGACCUGACUAAAUAUUAAAAACAGCAUUAGCGUUAUUAUUGUGAGUGCAUUAGCAUGUGGAUGUCUGAAGUGCAGCCUGGCAGAGUUGUCUGGUUAUUAAUGAAUAGAUUAGAGAAAUAUAAAGCAGUUUAACUGCUUGUUUUAAGUCACAUUUUAAAUGUAUGCAUUAAAAAGAGAAUAACAAACAGAAGACACAAAGAUCUCUGAUAAUAAGGAUUUGUUUUUGGUUUUCUUGUUUUUUUCUUUUUUUAGAGAACUAAAAAAGUGAACAAUUUAACUGGAGUUACUGACAUAACUGUGUUUUAUUAGCAGAGUAGAUCUUAAAUGCUGUCUCUGUUAUAAUGAGUUAUUAAAAAGUGAAAGGAAGAUGUUCUGCUCACCUGUUACAUAGAAAACAUGAAGUGAUGUGAUCUCCAGGAAAAGAAAGUUUUACAUUAAAUGAUGAUGUCGGA